GUGGCCCGGGGAGCAUGCGCCGUGGCGUCGUGAGGCCCUGAGGGGGCAUCGGCGGCGGCGAAGGGGAGUUCAAGGUGCGGCGCUUCUCCGGCCAUGACGGGGCUGGUGGAGGUGCCCUCGCUGGAGGAGCUGGACGUGCCGGAGCUGCCCGUUGGCACUGCCGUCCUGAAGGCGGGUGCCCACCACUAUGGCUCACAGUGUGACCGGAUCAACAAGGAGUUCAUGCUCUGUCGUUGGGAGGAGAGGGACCCACGGAAGUGCUUGAAGGAGGGCCGAGCCGUGAGCAAGUGCGCCGUGGACUUUUUCAAGCAGAUCAAGCUACAUUGCGCCGAGCCCUUCAACCAAUACUGGAACUGCCUGGACGAGUCCAACAUGUUGAGGUUCCGGCAUUGUCGGAAGCAGCAACAGCUCUUCGAUGACUGCGUGCUGGACAAGCUGGGCUGGGUGAGGCCGGAGCUGGGUCAGCUGUCAAAGGUAACCCUCGUGAAGACCGACCGUCCCCUCCCCGAGAACCCUUGCCAUUCCCGGACGAGACCAUCAACCAACCCGCCAACCGAAGGCGAAUACAAGCCUGCGAGAUACGGCAACCGAGGUUAUUUCUGGAGUUGGUAGGGGGAGGAAAGAAAUGGCAGCUCUGCACGUACGCCAGACUCAGAGGAAAACCGCGAGGGUUUGGGUUUUUUUGGGGGGAUGGAUCAUCGAUUGCUCUUCGUUGGAUGGUUCUUAUCUGUACUCAGCGGUCAUUAAAUGCAUAUUCUUUGAGAGGUCUGA